AUGCCGGCGGCGGCGGCGGCGCUGCUGCCAACUCUCCUGCUGUUUCUGCUGGCGCCGGUGGCGCUCGCGGGGGCGGUGGUGGUUGCGCGUGGGGGUUUUAUUCGCCUCGCCGUGGGAGCCCUCAUCGUGGCGCUGCUGCUCUCCGUCGUGCUCUCGUCGUGCGCCGUCACGCUGCUGGAGGCCUCGAGCGGGUUUCCAGCGGAUGUGACGUCUGUCGUGUUUCUGCGUGGCGCGUUGGCCGCGGUGGCGCAGCCAACCGUCGCGGGUAUUGCCCUGCUCGCCAUGCUGGUGCUUCUCGCCUUGAGCACCGCCCGCGUGUGCGGGCUGGUGGAGGACAUCCAAAUCCUGCUGGAGGCACACAAGGGCGUGGCCGAGGCAGAGAAGGCGGCCUCCGCGUAG